AUGUCAGACGAUUCAGGAGAACAGGUAUAUGACUUGGAUAAGAUCAAAUUGUUGGCAGGAGCAACAGAAGAUGGAACAUGUGCCUCCUUUCAGAUUACUGAUGAAGAUCAUACAUUAGGUAAUGCCCUUAGAUAUAUAAUUAUGAAAAAUCCUGAGGUUGAAUUCUGUGGGUACUCUAUUCCUCAUCCGCUGGAGAACAAGUUGAAUAUUCGUAUUCAAACUUACGGUAACAUUACUGCUGUUGAAGCAUUACAUCAAGGGUUAGAUAACUUGAGUGAAUUGUGUUCUGCUAUUGAGAAGAAAUGGGUUGACACUUAUGAAGAAGGAGGAUAUCUGACCGUAGAACCAUAA